AUGGCGGCGGCCUCGACGGCGGAGACAGCAGAAAAAAACACCCCUGUGGUACCAGCACCCGGCAAGUCGGACGGGGAAAAGAAGCAGCCGCCGCUGGUGGUGAAAGAAACGAGCUUCGCCCGCCUUGCGAAGGUGAUGUCGACAUGUGAUCUCCAGCCGGAACACAAACUGACGCGGUACGGCACCAAAAUUACGUGCUUCUCGAGCGACGACUUCGACACGGUGCAAGCCCACCUGAAGAAGAACAAGGUGCAGUUCUACACGCACGGAAAGCGCAGUGCGAGACCGCACCGGGUAGUAAUGCGAGGUCUCCCGAACGCGGAACCGGAUUACGUCAAGGAGCUGCUCAAGACGGAACAUCAGCUGGACGUCUUGGCAGUACACGCCAUCAGGCGGAAGCAACAGCUUCCCGCCAUCGAUGAGACGCCUUUCAUCGUGCCUUUCCCCAAGGGUCACACCAGUCUGAAGGAGUUGAGUAGCAAGACGUCACCCACCCAUUGGUGA